AGACAUGUAAGAUGGCAGAGCUGCAGAUGUUGCUAGAGGAAGAAAUUCCUGCCGGUAAAAUAGCUUUAUUAGAAAGUCAUGAAAACCUGACCCGGGUCGCGGAUUACUGCGAGACCAACUAUGUUCAGGCACAUGAUAAGAGGAAAGCACUGGAGGAGACCAAAGCGUAUACCACCCAGUCUUUGGCCAGCGUAGCCUACCAGAUCAACGCCUUAGCCAACAAUGUGCUGCAGCUGCUCGAUAUCCAGGCUUCACAACUCCGCCGCAUGGAGUCUUCAAUCAACCACAUCUCACAGACGGUGGACAUUCAUAAGGAGAAGGUGGCCAGGAGAGAGAUCGGCAUUCUGACCACUAAUAAGAACACGUCAAGAACCCAUAAAAUCAUCGCACCAGCCAACACGGAGCGGCCGGUGAGGUACAUCCGAAAACCCAUUGACUUCACUGUGCUGGACGAUGUGGGGCAUGGAGUAAAGUGGCUAAAAGCCAAGCAACAUGGACACAAUCCAUCAGUCAGAGGAGGAACACUAUCACGGACCAAUCCACCAACACAGAAGCCACCCAGCCCGCCCAUGUCAGGCCGCGGCACCCUCGGGCGUAACAAUGCAUAUAAGACUCUGGAACCUGUAAAGCCUCCCACAGUGCCCAAUGACUAUAUGACCAGCCCUGCCCGCCUGGGGAGCCAACACAGCCCAGCACGCACUGCCUCACUUAACCAGAGACCCAGAACUCACAGUGGUAGCAGUGGGAGCAGCAGCAGCCGGGAGAACAGCGGCGGCAGCAGCAGUAUUGGCAUUCCCAUCGCCGUGCCCACCCCCUCCAUUCCUAACUCAGGCCCAGCUUCAUCCAUGUUUGCUUCUCUCCCUCCUCCUCCUCCACCCAUGUUUGGAGGCUCAAUGGGUUUAGGGCUCGGCCCGGCCCCCGUCUCUCAGUUUGGCACCAUAUCGCGUCAGAUGUCCCGGCACAACUCCACCACAUCGUCCAUGUCCACUGUUUCGGCUACAGGGACUUACAGACGUGCGCCGUCUGUCUCCUCCCAGCUCCCCCUACAGCUCACACACAUCAACGGUGCUGCACCUACCGCCCAUACAAACAACUCAAUGUCUGUCGCGCCUCCGCCUCCCCCCAUGCCCCAGCUGAUUCCACAGAUUCCCCUCACAGGCUUUGUGGCCAGGGUGCAGGAAAACAUUGCAGACACCCCAACUCCACCACCUCCACCACCACUGGAUGACAUGCCUAUGUUUGACGAGGCUCCGCCCCCUCCACCUCCACCACCUGCGGACUAUGAGGAUGAGGAGGCAGCUGUAGUGCAGUACAGCGACCCCUUUGCUGAUGGAGAUCCCAACUGGGCCCCUAAAAACUACAUGAACAAAGUGGUGGCCAUCUAUGACUACAUCAAGGAUAAAGAUGACGAGCUGUCCUUCAUGGAAGGCGCCAUCAUCUACAUCAUCAAGAAGAACGACGACGGCUGGUACGAGGGAGUGUGUAACGGCGUCACCGGCCUCUUUCCCGGCAACUACGUGGAACCGAUAAUGCACUAUGACUGACGAGGCUCGUUGUAACAUGAUAUAUGAAUGAUAUUUGCUAAACAUAAUCAGAUCACAGUGUAAAGAAGUGCAUUACAGUAGAGCCGACGUGCGCUCCUGAUUCAUUACUGAUAGAGUUUAUUUUGUUGUUCUGAGAAAGAUGGAGUAGAUAAGAUAAUGAAACCUGGUAGAUGAUACACUGAUCAGAUCCGAUCAGCUCAGUCUGUGUAUACAUAAUGUGAGCCACAGCACGUCCAGUGUUUUUACAGCGAAUGUUGUUUACAACUUUUACAGUGGAUGUAAACGUAAAGUAGAAACUCCCAACUCAUCCAUUCCAAUACCAAACAAACAAAUCCUGAAUGUAGCAGUUCACCCUGCUGAUAGUGCGUUUACUUCAUGUUGGAAUUGCAGAAUUGCAGCAAUUAGAUUUGUGACUUUUAAGACGUUGUACGGUCUAGUUGGAAAAGAAAUGAUUGGCAUCCUGUCUGAUGUGUGUUACUGCAUUGUGCUCUGUAAUUCUGGGGGAAACCAGACCCAAUCCGACCCUGACCAGGAUAAAACAGUGGUAAAACAUGAAAAUGAUGAUGAAAUUCAUUAAGCUGUAAUUUGGCCCAUGUAGACAUACCAACUCAUAAUCUAAAAUGAUCCCUUCAAAAUCAACCAAAUAUAUAUUUACUUUCAUUAUUAUUAACUUAUCAUUUCUAAUUAUAUAAAAGUUAAAUUAGCUUUACUACUGGGUUCAUGAUGGAACCAGAAUGUCUGAUGAGCUGAAGCUCUUAACUUUCUAACAUUUGUUCACUCAGUGUUCUGUUCACAACAAUUAGAUUUAAAGAAAUUAAAAAAAUGGGGGCACCCAGGUGGCACAGCGGGACAUUCCUCUAGCACACCAGCGCCGAGAUUCUGAACUCCUCACUUCAAAACUCAGUGUUGCCACCCACUGGCUGGGCACCAUCUAGCAGGCAUAAUUGGCACUGACUGGCCACCAUGUCUGCUAGCGCGGGAUGCCCGGACUGUGUAGUGGGGUCUUCUAACGCUGUGUAAGGACCCUGAUUAGCAGAUAGAGGGACCUGUGCAGAGUGCAUGGGCGAAAAGAAGGGGUCUGCUGGGGCUUCAUGCAAUUUGGAGGAGGCAUGAGCAGCAAUAUACCCUCCUCUAAUGCAAUCAGGGAUCCCCCAGCAGCGGAAGACAAACUGACUAUGCUAAAUUGGGAGAAAAUGCAUAAAUAAAAUAGAGAAAAAAAAAGAAAUUCCAAAGAUGAAAUAUGGGCAAUGGGUGUAAACAAACAGGCUGCUCGGCAGUUAUAGGUUAAAGAAGCGUGUUUAAAUGAGCUUACAGUAAAAUUUUAAGGGAAGUAGAUACAUUAUUUGAUACUUUAUAGUGCAGAUGAUUGAUCUGUUGCAGUAUUUUUUUUAUAAGAAAACAUUAAGGCUUACAUUUAUAUCAUUUAGCAGACGCUUUUAUCCAAAACAAUUUACAAUUGUGAUUGAACACAAUUCAAGCAUUCAAAUGUUUAGGGGCCCAAAAGUGGCAACUUGGUGGUGGCGGUGGUACUUGAACCAGCGGUCUUCACUAGUCCAUUAUCUUAACCACUGAGCUUAUUCAGUUUAAAAUGGAUAUUAAAGAGAUUAAAGCUGCUGUUAUUUCUUGCAGUGCUGCUUUUAAAGGAUGUUCAUGCCUCAGUCUUGUUCAGACUGAUUGUCAUAAUUAGCCCCUCCAGUUUAGACUUGGUCAUGAAUGCAGCUUUAGAUAACGAAUAGUUCUUAGCAGUCUAGACCCUGUAGUUUCUGUGAUUCCAACAUGACGUAAACACAUUAUAAAGGAUUGGUUUAACUGGAGGCAGUAGCUGUGAAACGGAUUUAGCAUAGCAUACUUAGCAUGCCUGAAAAUGAUAUACACAAAUAUAUAUGUAUAGAUUUUAACUCGAAUGUUACCCUUAUUUCACUUCCAUUAGCUCUCAUAUACAGUGGGCACCAGUUUUAUUUUUUUAUUUUAUCACAUGUGGUCCUGAUACUGUAUCAGUGGAUUUUAUUUUUAGACAUUUUAAAUUCUCUUGUUUCUACUUAAAUGUGGACAUGUAUGUGAAGUUAGAUUUAUUUGAUUAGUUUUAAGAAUGUUUUAGUUUUUAAAGACCUGCCAAGAUGAUUUUCUGUAUGUAUUUCCAAUAAUGAACAGAAUGGAGUAUUAGUAGAAGUACUUUGAUCAGUAAACAAUCCUCAUUGAUCAGCCCAAAUAACUGCUAUAUUUCAUUCAUAGUGUGAUCACAGUGUAUUUACAACCUUAUAUGGACUCUCUGUACAGAAUAAUGAACAAGUAUUUUUGACCUAAACUGCUUUGGUAUUGAAAUUCUUCUGUGUCCAAAUAUUUUUUAAUUAAACUCAUUUCCAACUAUUCUCUAAUCCCACAGCAUUAGACAGCAUUUGUGCCACUGUGUUACUAUGAUCCUACAGCAGCGAAUCUCAGCAUUUUCUAGAGGGCAAGCACCAAAUAUUUUGCAAACCCAAUUUCUAGAAAAGUUGGGACAUCUUGUCAAAUGUAAAACAAAUAAAAACAAGAAUCUGUGAAGUGGAUCAAAGGCUUGCUUACCCAUGUGCUCCAUCACCUUCCUUCCUACUAAUGAGACUUGAUAAUGGUUUAGGAAUCAAGGACACUAAUUGUUGCAGCUUUACAAGUGGAAUUUUUGCCCAUUAUUGUUUGACUUCAUACGAGACUUCAGCUGCUCAACAGUCUGUGGUGGUCGUUGUCCAAUUAUCCACUUCAUGAUGCACCAUUGUUUUCCACUAGCUGCAGGCAGGCCAGUCAAGCACACACAUUCUGUUGGUUGUAGCAUAGACAGAAUGAGGCCUGGUACUGUCUUGCCAUCCCAAUACACGCCUUGCAUAUGUCAAUGUACCUUUACACAUAUGCAAGUCACCCAUGCCGUGAGGCACUGAUGCACCUUCAUGCAAUGACGGAUGUUGGCUUUUGCACCAUUUAUCAGGAAUAGUCUGGAUGGUCAUUUCCGUCAUUGGCACUGAGAACCUGGUGUCCAUUCCCCCCCCCCCCCCAAAACAAACAGAAACAGUUUUCUAAAGUACUCCAGAGCCUGUUUGGCCUUAUUUAUCACUGUGGCAUGAAGGUUUCUUGUUCAGUUCUGUCUAAGGACUCAAAAGUCAUGUACAUUCAGAAGUGGUUUCCAGCCUUGCCCUACUUAGACUAAGAUUUUUUCAGAUUCCCUGAAUCUUUUUACAAUUUUAUUCAUCUUAGAUGGUAAAAUACCUCAUUAAUUGCAAUUAUGUGUUCUCUUUUAAUUGAUUCACAAUUAUCUGAUGAAGUUUGGCACCAAGUGGUGAGGCAAGAUCCAAGAUCCACCUUUGGUGGAUCCUACUUUUUAUACCCAAUCAUGAUACCCUCAUCUGGAAUCAGAUUUCAAAUUUGUUUAGAUUUUUAGAUUUACAAAAUAAAAUGAAGCUGAUCACUAAAAACAUUAGAAAUUUUUGUACUUUUGCCCAUUAAAUAAAGAUUCAAAAAAAAAUAA